AUGGUGACCUUCCAGGAGCCGCAGUGUCCCAACCCCAGGACCAUGCAGCUGCAGCAGCCCCUGUCCUUCCAGACCGCGCCCCUGUCCCCGGGCCUGAGGCGGAAGCAGCUGAUGUGGCAGAACGCCGUCAAGCACAUCAUCAGCCAGCGGGAGCUGGCGCAGCAGGUGGGGGUGGAGCCGGCCCGCAAGAUCCUCAUCACCGACGCCUGCAUCGACGAGAUCAACCGGCAGAUCCGCAGCAAGGCCUCGCGGGGCGGCGUGCACAAGCGGCGGGUGUCGGUCGCCCGCGUGCACCCCAGCCACGAGCGCGCCUCCACCAGCACGCAGAGCAGCGGCGACUUCAUCAGCGACGCCGACUUCUUCGUCAGCUGGGGCUCGUCCGUCCGCGGCGUCUACCUGCCCACGCUGCACCACACCUUCAAGUCCCGCGACCUGGAGAAGCUCUACCAGCACUUCUCCUCCGGCCAGCGCCGCACCUCGCUGGUGGUCACCAACGUCAUCGACAUCGUCACCAAGCUGCACAUCAUCCUCAUCUACCUGGUGGUGGCGCCGGAGGUGGUGGACCCCGUGCGGGGCUGGCUGACGGGCCUCUUCAUGGCCCUGGGGAUGGUGCUCUGUGUGCUGGUGCUGACGUACAAGGGGGCCAUGUGCCCGCAGUACCUGCGUUAUGCGGGUGUGGCCAGCUGGCUCUCCCAGACGGUGCAGGUGCUGGGUGGCCUGGCCUACGGGCUGGAAAGGGACCAGUCCUGGUACGUGCUCUUCACCCUCUUCGCCACCUACACCCUGCUCCCACUGCCCCUGCUCUGGUCCAUCUGCGCCGGCUCGCUCACUUCCGCGCUGCACCUCCUGGUGGUGGCUCUGUGUCACUACAAUGACCCAGCUCUGCUCAGAAAGGUGCUGGCCAAGGGACUCCUGUACAUGGGCAUGAACACGGCGGGCCUGUUCAUCCACUACCUCUCAGACCGCGCCCAGAGGCAGGCCUUCCUGGAGACCCGGCGCUGCGUCGAGGGGCGGGUGAAGCUGGAGCGGGAGAACCAGAGGCAGGAGCGAUUGGUGCUAUCCAUCUUGCCUCGCUUUGUUGCCUUGGAGAUGAUAGCAGACAUGAGCUCUAUGGAUGACGAGCUUGUGCCCCAACAGUUCCACAAGAUCUACAUUCACCAGUACAAAGAUGUCAGCAUCCUCUUUGCUGAUAUCAAGGGCUUCACCAUGCUGUCCAUGACUCUGUCUGCUCAGGAGUUGGUGCGCACUCUCAACGAGCUCUUCGGCCGCUUCGAUCGCCUGGCAGAGGAGCACCACUGUAUGCGCAUCAAGAUCCUGGGCGACUGCUACUACUGUGUGUCGGGCGUGCCGGAGCCCGAGCGCGCCCACGCCCGCUGCUGCGUGGAGAUGGGGCUGGCCAUGAUCAGCACCAUACGGUACGUGAGGAAGCAGCUGAACCACGACAUGGACAUGCGCAUCGGGAUCCACUCGGGCUCGGUUCUGUGCGGCGUGCUGGGUCUUCAAAAGUGGCAGUUCGAUGUGUGGUCCUGGGACGUGGGCGUCGCCAACAUGCUGGAGGCAGGGGGCAUCCCAGGCCGGAUCCACAUCUCCCGAGCCACCCUGGACUGCCUGGAAGGCAGCUAUGAAACUGAGGAUGGGCGUGGUCACGAGCGCAAUGAGUUCCUGCGCAAGCACAACAUCGACACCUUCCUCAUCUGCCACACCGAGGCAGACAAAGGGGACGUGGAGCCACCUAAGGCCCGCCGGCCCAGCAGCAACUCCUGGAGCGCCGAGCUGCCCUUCGGCAACAUCAUCGACAUGAACUGUAUCUUGGCCACCUUCACCAACGGGUCACUGGAGCAGCUGCCGAACCAGGUGGCGUCGCGGCGCUCGGGCUCCAGGGAGAUCAACAAACGCAUCGAGCACGCCAUCGAGGUGCGGAGCAGCGAGCGCAUGAGGAAGGAGCAUAUCACGCCCGUCACCCUGGUCUUCAAGGACACGCACAUCGAGGACAAGUUUUCCCAGUUAAGAGAUGAAAUGUUCAAGUCCAACUUGGUCUGCUCCUUCAUUAUGCUCCUCUUCGUCAUGGCUGUGCAGGCCCUCAUCCCAGCUCCGAAGCUGUGUCCCAUGGUGGUGCAGUUUGCCUGCUUCCUGUCGGCGUACCUGCUCCUGCUGGUGGUCACGCUGGCGGAGGAGUUCAAGUGCUCGCCGCCCGCCCUGCAGCAGCUCUGCUGCUGGAUCCACGAGACCAAGAGCGUCCGCAACCUGCUCACCCUCACCGCUGUGGCCCUCAACUUCGGCAUGGCCUCCUCCGACAUGCUGUGGUGUCACAUGAUGGAAGCAGAGAGUGGAGAUGGGACCAACAAGAGUACUCAGCCUCCACCCAGCCAGUGGCCAGUUAACAUAUGUACUGACCCUGAGUUCUUUGUCCUGAGCGGGGUGGUUGCCAUGGUGUCGUGCGCCGUGUUCCUCCGGCUGAGCUCCCUCCUGAAGCUGGCGGUGCUGCUGCUGGUUAUUGCCGUCUACACCUACCUCAUCGAGGUGGCCUUCCACAUGCUCUUCCUCCAUCAGCACCAGCUCAGUCAUGUACACAGGUCCCAGUUUCUCAGGAGGAAGGGGAUUUCUGUUCUGCUGCUGGCCAUGUUUGUUAUAGCUGUUUUCUACAACAGUCGGCAGCUGGAGGCGACGGCCAGGCUGGACUUCCUGUGGAGAAUGCAGGCCCGACAGGAAGUGGAGGACAUGAAGGAGCUGCGGGAGCACAACGAGUGCCUGCUUCACAACAUCCUGCCCUCGCACGUGGCACGGCACUUCCUGGAGAGGAGCAGGAAUGAUGAGGACCUCUACUCCCAGUCCUACGAUGAGGUAGGGGUGAUGUUUGCCUCCAUUCCCGGAUUCAACGACUACUACGAGCAGAUGGAGAUCAAGCAGCAGGGGGUGGAGUGCCUGCGGCUGCUGAACGAGAUCAUCGCUGACUUUGACGAGCUGCUGGAGGAGUCCUACUUUAAUGACAUUGAAAAAAUCAAAACCAUUGGCAGCAGUUACAUGGCAGCCUCAGGCCUAUCACCUGAUAGACAGGGAGACAAAUGGAAUCACCUCAGUGAGCUGGUCCUCUUCGCUCUGGCCAUGCAGGAGACCCUGAGGGAAAUCAACAAGCAUUCCUCCAACAACUUCCAGCUACGCGUCGGGAUCGCCCACGGGCCGGUGGUGGCCGGGGUGAUCGGCGCCACCAAGCCGCAGUACGACAUCUGGGGCACGACGGUGAACCUGGCGAGCCGCAUGGACAGCACGGGCGUGAGCGGGCGCAUCCAGGUGCCCGAGGCCACCCGCCGCAUCCUGAUGGAGUGGGGCUUCGUUCUAGAGCUGCGCGGCGAGAUCUUCAUCAAGGGCGUGAGCGAGCAGCAGGGCAGGGUGCGCACCUACUUCAUCAGCAGCCGGGGGCAGGCGUCCGCCCUCUCCAAUCCGGACAAGCCCCCCUCGUACGGCCGGGGCGGGGGCGGCGGGCGCAACUCCCUGGCGGCGGUGGUGUUCGGCCUGGUGCAGGCGCGGCACAGGGAGAAGCUGAGGGAGGCCAACGGGGCCUUCGCCCUCCCCCAGCAGCAACAGCAGAACAACCAGAAGGUCUGA